AAAUUACAUCAAAACAGGAGAACUAGUUGGUUCAAAUUUAAUUACAAUCGGAUUUUGACACGGAUGCUCGAAAAUUGCAUCCAUAGGUUAGGUGGGUUUCAAAUAAUGCUAGGCUCCCUAUUUUUAAGAAAGUGCUGAUAAUAAUAUCAGCACAUCUCUGUUGAGUGUAGUGCGCACACUCCGCUGAAAGCACAUAUUCAAAGGAGAAGAAUUGGGACACACCCCCUUCUUGCUCAAAAUAGUCCAAACAACAUUUUUUGCUCAAGCUUUAUCAUGGAUAUGAUUUUGUUAAUCAAGAUAUAGUUUUUGUAUGGUGUUAAUACUAGUUUCAUGAAUAUUUUAUUUUGCUUUUGAGCCAAUCUGUUGUGGAAAAUUUGACUGACUUGUAGGUAUGGUUGUUGGAUAACUGAACUUGCUGAAUGUUAACAAAUAUUUUUGUUAGAUUGCAUUUCUUUUGGUCUAAAAUGGGUUCAAACAACGCUAAAUCAGCAUCUCACGAGGACCCACUCAGCCCUGAUGAGCGUGAAAAGAUAAAGGAUGGAUUCCAUAAAGUUGCUGGUUCGUCAAGCGCAGCUUCUCAUGAAAAACUGCAGGCUCUAUGGCAAGGGAGGGCGACGAAGGAACUUCUGGAACUGAUUUUGGCUCAAUUAGGCUCCUCUCCGAUAACCUUCAACCGCCUAGCCACAUUGUAUGUUCACGCUGUGCGAGGCUCAGUGGAUGAACAGGCUGCCCUCUUGGUCGCCCUGGCGUCAAAGGGUGGAAAAUCCUGUACUUCUGGCCAGGUUGUGGCUCUGGUUGAAGGCGUUACCGCCUCUUACCUCCAGGCGGCCGGCCAGGCGUGGUCCCAACUGCCGGUCGGACCGCUCAGUUUGCUGUCCUCCUGCCUCUGCCACGACUUGCUCUUCCCUGGAAAGAGCACCAAGCAGACCCUGAUGUCUGCCGCUCCAAUGGAUCUGGCUGUUACCGAGAUGGAGGCGUCCAAGUGGUUGGCGGCCGCUCCUCCAGGCCUGCUGGCGAUGCAAGCGGCUGUCUUUGAGAAAAUUUUCCUCAAUGCUGACCCAAAUGUAGGCAAAAAGCGGCUGUUUCCUCUGUGCGAAGGCCUUCCCAGUGCCAAGGCUACAAUUUUGGAUCAGGCGGCUGUUGCCUUCUUGGCCACUGCAGUGCCUUCCGACUGCCGCAAAAAUUGGCGUUUCCUUUUCUCCAGCGUCGUCCACGGCGAGAGCUUCUCUAAAAUGCUCGGGAGCGUCGUGUGGAAAGGGCCGACCAUUAUUUUGGUUCAGGAUGCUGGAGGGCAUGUUUUCGGUGGGUUUGCUGUUGCUUCAUGGAACGUUGGACCAAAAUUUGUUGGGGAUAACAGGUGCUUUCUUUUCAACUUGAGGCCUAAAAUGGCAAUUUACCCUACAUCUGGGUAUAACGAGCAUUUCCAGUACCUAAAUGUGCAGCAGCAGACAAUGCCAAACGGACUGGGUAUGGGUGGUCAGUUGGACUAUUUUGGACUGUAUCUGGACGCUAACUAUGGCAAGGGCUUCUGCUCAGAGAGUUGCACCACCUACCACAGCCCAAUGAUGUCCACUAGCAAGCAAUUUGAUGUGAGUCACGUAGAGGUGUGGGCCAUAGGACCUCCACCACCAACUCCUGAAGAACUGGGUGAACGUUCGAGCGUGCUUGACCGUGAUAACGAGGCUAAAGCACUUCUGGCAAUGGUGGGCAAGGAGCAGAAAAGUGAAGGCUUGAGAGAACCUGACGAGUCCUAGUAGAAGUUCCUACUAAGUGAACUUUUGUGUUGAAUCUGUUUGUGUUUCAACGCUAUUUUCUAAACUGUUGUUGACUUGAUUAUUUUUGUCAUAUGUAUUGGUUUCAACCAUGCGUGUUUUGCAAUAUUUUUUACCGUUUUAAUUAACAUCAAUAUUUAUAUUUUCACGUAAAGUUUUGAUAGCAACUCUAUAGACCACUGGCUUGUUCCUCUUGUGAAUUAAUUGUCAAAGAGCUAUAGGGAACUCACGCUUUCCGUUCACUCACACUUCUCGCUCUGAUGGGAAGAAUCAAUGUUAAUGCCCUAUCCUAGCGAGAAGUGUGAGUUGGGCGAAAAUGGUGAGUCUACCAUAUUUUGUUAUUAUAAAGUUAUAGUUUUUAUUUAUUUUUCAUACACUGUUAAUUUAAACUUAUUUAGCACAUGAAGAUUUUGGCUUUGAUCAAAGACUGCAUUUUUCUCUAAAAAAAUAUGUAAAAGUUUUUAUUGCGAUGCGAGCAUGUUGAUUUAAAUGGUGGGGAAAAUUUAUUGUGUGUCUGUCCCAGACUGAUCUCUUUUCCUAAUUUAUUUAUUUCCUUAUCUGGUGUCUGUAAAAGCAUUGGUGCAUCAUAUUAUUCCCAAGUGUACUGUCCAAUCGCACAGAAAUCGCAUGUUGAAUUAUGCAAACACGCAAGUAAAAGCCAGGUGUUGCCAGCAGCAGCAAGCACGCAUACAAACUCAUCCAACAGGAUUUAAAGAGUAAAGGGAAAAAUCGUGCGCGCGUGGCAAUGUUCUGCGAAGUGCCGGGGGAGCAAACACUUUUGUUCAACCGUCUCAUUUGUGAUUUCUGUUGUAGGUUGUGCUGCCAAGAGAAAAUAAAAAUUGUUAUGUAAAUGUUGUUGAACAAUAAAUUUAAAUGUGUGCCACAAAACAAGCACUAAACGCAA